AUGGUGGGAUUGGCUCUCAAGGGAGGUGGCUCGGCAUCAUUCUCCACUACACUCCACGAUCAUGUGCCCGAAGAUAAGUCUUCAUUUUACCACCCAAAUGUGGUAGUUCUCACCAAGGAAAACAGUGGUGGAGGAGGUGUGAAGCUCAUCCUCAACAACAAGUUCAACGACUUCGGCCAAAUCUCAACAGUUUCCUCAACCUACACACAAAGCUUUACUUCCAUGAUAACAAGCUCAGACACCGAGACAUCAACAUGUUGGUUAGAUAUAAAAAAUCUCAAGAAAACAAAUGCCAUUGUGGGUUGUGAUAUGAAACAUUCAAUUAUGUUCCAGUAUUUAGUGAAGGUCAUUGGGUUCCAAAAAAAGAAUAUCAAGCACAUUGCUCAAUCUUCAUUUGAUAAUUAUGCAAAGGCUCUAUCAACUGGAAAUAUAAAGGCAGCAUUCAUCUGGACGCCUGAUGAUCGCUUUUUUCUUGCAAAAUACUGCAAAAGUUUUGGAAAUCCAAACUGUAAUCGACACAGUUCUUCCAUUGUAUUUCAACGGGGUUCUUCGUUUGUUAAUGAGAUACCAGAGGCUGUGCUGGGAUUCAAGCAGAUGAAGGAAGAAGAUUUAGAUAUGCUAUCACUUUCAGAUUGUUCGAGUUCAACUGGUGAUGGCACCAUGAAACGAGGCAUAGGACCCGGACCUUUCUCAGGUUUGUUUAUUUUAUCAGGCUCGGCAUCUACAAUUGCAUUGUUAAUCACGGUCUUUCGACUGUUGAGACGUGGUUGGGAGAGGUUGGUUCAAGGAAUGUUGAUGGGUAGAGGAAUUUGGGUUUGGCUGUCAGCUUUGUUUUGUCGAAACCAGAGGGGAUAUCAGCUCCAACUUGAGCUAGUAAGGACUUAA